UGUAGCCCCUUCACCCAGGGCUGAGCUGAAAAGUGACAUCUGAAGCACUUGGUAAAGCCUAGAGAGGAGACUGAACCUGCACAGGAAACCACCUUUGGUACUCCCUUCCUUUUUGGGCAUAUAAGUAGUAAAGGAAGGUAAAGUUUGCCUUUUUGUGAGUAAUGCAGGUCUGUAGCAAAAAGGGACUGUUCCUCCUCUUCCAGAGAGAAGCCAAGCACCCCAUGGAGGAGCAGGCCUUUCUGUGGUGGAGGUGCUGUGGAGGCCAAGGAAUGGUGCUGCCAAUUGUGCCCUCCAGUCUUUUGGCCUAGGACGGGGGAGCGAGAGAGACCAGAGGAAGAUGGACUGAUGAGAAUGGACAGUGGUUGUAAAAGUGUGAACUGAAAUACAACAGAAAUAGAGUUCAGAAGUGCUCUCUCAGGAGGUAGCUAAACCUUACUGUUGAAGAUUUGAAUGGCGUUUCAUAUUGGUCAUCUAGAGAGGACAAAGGGAAGAAGAAAAUCUUUUAUACCCACAGUUUGAGAAAGAGUGCAAAGAUCUUGGAAGAUGGAUCCUGAAAUACAAAAAAUGAGGGAAGUUGCCCUUGUUUACCUUGACAGAAGUGGUGGUCUUCAGAAAUUUGUGCAGGAUUGCAAAAGAUAUAAUGAAUCAAAACAAAGUUAUGCUGUUUAUCGUUUCAUAAUUUCAAUAAAUCCUUCUGACAUUGCUGAAUUGGAUGCAAUUCUUGGAAACUAUAUUCUUCAUAAUCCCCUACAAGCUGCACAGAUUUUUCAGUCAGUAUGCUUCAUAGCUAUUAAGACAUUAUCAUUAAUUGAACAAUUGCAGACAGAGGCCCAGAUCAGUAUAUUGCUGAAACCAACACAUUUGCCACCUUUACCAAGUUAUGUUCUGAGUCUUUCUGCAUAUCCCUUUAAUUACACAUCUCAAAGAUUUUACAUGUCUGAAGGGAUAGUGAUUGCAAUGGGAACUGUAACAAAAUACACACAAGGAGCAAGAUUUCUUUGUACUGAGGAAACCUGUCCGUUCUCUGAAGGGUUUAGGUACAUCAGAGUGCAUUGUCCUGGAGCUACAGAGUCUGCCACAGUUAGGACUGAUUUUGUGUGUAGCUUGUGUUCCUCACCGCUGCAGGAAGACAUGAAAUUUAGAGUACUUGGUGAUAAGCAAAUAGUUGAAAUGAUUGAUGCUAAAGUUCUGAAUGCUUUGAAAGGAUACUCCAAUGAUAAAUCAUAUUUUAGGAUUCAGGCAUUUACAGUUUUCUUGAGAGAUGAACUGGCCAAUAAAAUGACAAUAGGAAACCACUACAGGAUUAUAGGAAUCCCAGCUUGUGUACAAAAUGGCUUACAAGCUACUGCAUGUAUAGAAGCAAAUAGUGUACAGCUCUGUAAACCAAAUGGUCCUUCUUUUCUCAGUGACAAUUUUAAGUAUCUGCUCUCACUGACUUCAAGUUCAUCCUGGAGGUUUACUGCUGUCCUGGCCAACAUCUUUGCUUCUCAAGUUGUUCCACCAGGCACUUAUAAUACUCUUAAACUUGCAAUAUUGUUGAGUCUAGUGCAGACUUGUGAAAAAGAAAAUGCAGAUUAUCUGGAUCUCUUGAUUGUGACAAGUGACACACUAGUAAUUGAUAGGCUUCUGAAUUACAGCUUAUGCCUUCUGCCUCGUGGCAUACGACACCCACCUUCCAGUGAAAUUUUUCCUUCUGUGUCCAAAGAUAAACAUGGAACUGGAAGUGCCAGCAUUCAAGCCUGCAGCGCUGUGCUGGCCAAGGGUGGCGUCUGUUACAUAGGAGACUUAUCUUCAUAUAAAAAGGAUAAACUUGAACUUCUACAGUCUGUGUUAGAGAGCAGAACAACAACAGUAUUUAUUCCUGGGAAGAAGUACGGAGAAGAAGCUGACCAACAAGUUACUAUUUCACUUCAGACCAAUUUUUGGUCUUUUGUGGAUGUGGAUUCUUCCUCAAAGAAACAUAUACAAAAGGAGAACUUUUUAAUUGGACAAAUGGACGUGAGUUUGAUUCCAGCUAACCUUGUAGAUGUUUUUGGGCUCUUGAUAUACAAUGAGUUUCCUUCCUGUCGACUAUCUUCUCCUCUUAUACACCAUAUCUUGGAAAAAGCCAUUAAUCCUGAGGCCAUGCUGUACAAUGUCUCACAGCAGUUCAGAACACAGGAUUACGAGGAGUUUAUUUUGUUUGCUAAGAAUCUUCAUGUUGAACUGAGUUCAGAAGCAGAGAACCUCAUUCAGGGCUACUAUCUUGCAAGUCGCAGGGUGAGAAGAGAUUCCAUUCAUGGAUCAACAUUAUCAGCAUCUGCACUAAAACUUCUGAUUUCACUGUCUAAGGCUCAUACCAAGCUAAGUUUAAGACAGACGGUACUUGAGGAAGAUGCUUUGAUUGCCAUCUUAUUACUUGAGUCAUCUCUUACCCUUAAACACGGCACAUCUGCAUUAUGUGUGGCACCAAAUUCUGUAUUUCCAUUUGACCUCAGUGAUGAAAAUUCCCUGCAAGAGAGAGAUAUUUACCUCAUGCAGUGUCACCAUCAACUCCUGAAGUUUAUUGCUGCAUAUGGUCCAGGAAUUCACAUCACCACUAAUGAAGAGUAAAAACUCCUCUCUGUGGAGUAAAGCCUGAAGCUUUGGCUUUUUGAGAGACUAUUUUAUUGAGUUAGAUAUACAAAAACACUAAAAUCUUAUCAGUUGUCUAAGACAGUUCUGUGCUGUUUUAUAAGGAAUAAAGCAUAUCUGACAGGAUUUGAAUUCCUAGUUUUUUGACAGUGUUCUUUGAAGGCAAGGAGGGAUGUCUUCAGCCUGGGAGGCCAUGUCUCCAGAAUACAGCCACAGUCAGAACCUCUCUUCCUGGUUACAAAUGUUCAUUCACUGUUAAAUGAGGACUAAGCAGGGUUUUUAGUAGGACAACUAAAAUUUAACCCCCAGCUUCAGAAUCUAAUGUUGCCUUUCAACUACAUGAAUUCAACUGCAGUUUUUCUUGUUGCUUCUUUUUAACUUAUCACCCAGAGGGUUAAGUAGUUUUAAGUACAUUAAAACUUUUCCUAGUUUAAGCCAACUUUAAUUAUUCAUGAUGUAUAAAUAAAUUUUGAAAUGUAUUAAAGUAUUACC